UGUCACAAAAGUAUGAUGAACAAUCACACACUGCUUAAAGAAUUCAUUUUGAUGGGAUUUCCUGUUGGCCCUGAUAUCAGAAUGUUUCUCCUUGGGCUCUUCUCUCUGCUAUAUGCCUUCACUCUAGUGGGGAAUGGAGUAAUCUUAAGACUCAUCUGUCUGGAGACCCAACUCCAUACCCCCAUGUACUUCUUCCUCUCACAUUUGGCCCUUGUGGACAUUUCCUAUGCCUGUAACACUGUGCCCCAGAUGCUAGCAAACCUAAUGGACCCUGUCAAGCCUAUCUCAUAUGCAGGGUGCAUAACUCAGACUUUUCUCUUUUUAGCCUUUGCCCUCACAGAAUGUCUUCUCUUGGUAGUGAUGUCUUAUGAUCGCUAUGUGGCAAUCUGUCACCCUCUCAGAUAUUCUGUCAUCAUGAACUGGAGGGUAUGUAUCAUUUUAUCAAUGUCCUCCUGGGCAGUUGGAUUCCUUCUGGCCUCAGCUGAUCUAAUUUUAUUACUGCCUUUGCCUUUCUGUGGUCCCCAGAAAAUCAACCACUUUUUCUGCGAAAUCUUAGCUAUUGUCAAACUUGCCUGUGCUGACACCUAUGUACUUGAGAUCUUGGUCUUGGUUGGGGCUACUUCCGUGUUGGUUGGACCCCUUUCCUCAAUUGUGAUCUCCUAUAUGCGAAUCAUCUGGGCAGUCCUGCGUAUCCAGUCAAGAGAGGGAAGACAGAAAGCCUUUUCCACCUGCUCCUCCCAUCUCUGUGUAGUAGGACUCUUCUAUGGCACUGCCAUCAUUAUGUACAUUGGCCCCAAGCAUGGGAACUCCAAGGGGCAGAAGAAAUAUCUCCUCUUGUUCCAUAGCCUAUUUAACCCCAUGCUAAACCCCCUUAUUUAUAGUCUGAGGAACAAUGAAGUAAAGGAUGCCCUGAAGAGAGUUCUUUGUAGAGAGAGAUACGUAUGCUUAGUUUGA